CCCCUCUCUAACCCUCCCCCCUCUCUCCCAGCCCCCCCCCGGGCUCCGUCCCCUCCCCCCCUGGAGGCGCCGCCGGCGGGGGGAGGGGCGGGGGGGGGAGGGGCGCCCCCCCUGGACCCCCCCCGGCGCCUCCGCUUCCCGCCGGACGAGCUGCGGCCGCAGCCAAUCGCGCGCAAGGCCCGGAAGGUUCUGGUCCCCGAGGAGCAGAAGGACGCGCAGUACUGGUCGCGGCGCUCGCGGAACAACGCGGCGGCGCGGCGCUCGCGGGAGCUGCGGCGGCUCAAGGAGAACCAGCUGUCGGCGCGCGCGGCGCUGCUGGAGCGCGAGAACGCGGCGCUGCGCUCCGAGGUGGCGGCUGCGCGCAGGGACCUGGCGCGGCUGCGCGGGACGCUGGCGCGCUACCGGGACCGCCACGGCGACAUCUAGGGACACCGGGGACAGCGGCGCGUCACCCGUCCCCCGUGGGACCCCCAGGACCUGCUGCGCUACCGGGACCGGCACGGGGACAUCUGGGGACACCAGGGUGUCACCCGUCCCCAGCAGGACCUGGUGUGGUACCAGGACCAGCACGGGGACAUCUGGGGACAUUGGGGACACCGGGGUGUCACCCAUCCCCCGUGGGACCCCCAGGACCUGCUGCGGUACCGGGACCGGCACAGGGACAUAUGGGGACACUGGGGUGUCACCCGUCCCCCAUAGGAUCCCCAGGACCUGGUGUGGUACCAGGACCAGCACAGGGACAUUUAGGGACACUGGGGACAGCGGGGUGUCACCCAUCCCCCAUGGGACCCCCAGGACCUGCUGCGGUACCGGGACCGGCACAGGGACAUUUAGGGACACCGGGGUGUCACUUGUCCCCAGCAGGACCUGGUGUGGUACCAGGACCAGCACGGGGACAUCUGGGGACAUUGGGGACACCGGGGACAUCUGGGGACGUUGGGGUGUCACCCGUCCCCGUGGGACCCCCAGGAGCUGGUGUGGUUCCCAGUGACCCAGCGCGGUACCGGGACCUGUGGGGA